CUGUGGGAAUCUUUUUCGAAGCUUAGUACAGUUUCUUUUUAGCAGCUAUCACUGUUCGUUAAAGCUUCCCUACCGCAAACUUCCUUGCAAAAAUACACAAGCCAGCCAUGCCUAAAAGGAGCAAAGCGAACAAUGAUGCUGAAGCUAAUGAGCCCAAAAGGAGAUCAGAGAGGUUGAUAAACAAACCUGCACCGCCAAAGGCAGAACCCAAGCCAAAGAAGGUGGCGGCUAAACCCAAGAAAGCGAAGGAGCCUGAAAAGCCUAAAGAGGAGGAGAAGAAGGAGGAGGUCCCUGCUGAAAAUGGCGAGGCAAAGGCUGACGAGGAGACACCAGCGACAGAAGAGGCGGAACAGGAGGACGGGAAAGCAGAAUAACAUCCCAUCACAUCUACCUGUGCUCCCUGUACCUCUUUUCUUGUACAAUUCAGGGGAAUAUUUUUAUCUACUAUUUUCUAAAUGCAGGUUUUUUAGUAGUUUGAUUGUAGAAACACAUUUUUUAUGAAAGAAAAAAAAAAGAAUACAUUUUUUUUGCGAGGGAAUUCAUCACAUCCCACAUUUUUACAUCUUCAGAACAAUUACAAGCAUUGUCGGUGUCAGUUGUUUUUAUUUUGAAGAGGAAAAAAAAGUGAGAAGGGGAAAGGUGACAGGUUGCAGUGUUCGAACGCAAGCACGUUGUUUACACAGACAGCGGGACAACUCAGAGAGCUUGCCUAUCAUUCCGGAGGCUUGAUAAGGGACAGUAGGUGUAAUCUGUACCUGACUGAAGAGGAACCAGGGCUUGAGUUGUUCAAUGUGUAUUGUUUAUAAAUGAGGAAAAAAAAAAACUCGUAGAAUGUUUGUAUGCUGUGCUUCAUAUGUUAAUUCUUGUAUCCAUGCAGUUUGUUUGUUUGUUUGUUUUUUUCUUAACCAUUCUGCUUAAUAAACCUAUUCCCUAGUACUGGAGUUCAGGUCAGGCCUGUGCAUUUGCGUGUAAUUGGUUUUGUCUUUGUUCUGUGAUUAGCACCGCAAUAAAUUUUGUAUAGCUGCUGUGAAGAGGAAUUUCAAGCUCUAUAUAUACUGUGUGUGUGUAAUGGUACAAUGUCAGGAUGGUAAAAAAUGGAAUACCUUUGUUCUUAGCAAAGCUAAUGAUUGCUUAACAGUGUGAAAACAGGAGUGAUGCCGUAAAAUGAUGAUUCCUUUCUAAAGGCGUUUCCAACUUAAACUCAGAACUGUAAUUUCACCCGGGCUGUCCAGCACACAUACCAGCAGUAGCAAUAUCAAUACUGGACUUUAGAUAUGGAGUACAAGUGUACAGUUUUCUUUUGACUUUUGUUUAUAGAUGUAUCUCUGUGUAAUGACUGGUAUAAACGAACCAAUAAAAUU